GCGGUGCGUCGAGUUGAAGAGUAGUUUUAGCUCCGAGCAGGGAAGAAGUGGCGAGAGUUAGCAAAGGUGGGGAAAGCCUUUUGUGUGGAGUAGAGAACAGUGCAACACGCAUGGAGCGGAAGAUCAAUUAGCCGCGCGCGCCCGGAAAUACGCAGAAGCAGCUUUCCAUGCCUCGCGCGUGCCUCUCCCGUCCUUGAUGGGCAACCAACUGGACCGGAUCACGCACCUGAGCUACAGCGAGCUACCCACUGGGGAUCCGUCGGGCGUGGAGAAGGACGAGCUGCGCGUCGGCGUCGCCUACUUCUUUUCCGACGACGAGGAGGAGCUUGACGACCGGUCGCUCGAGCGCAGCCCGAGCGAGGAGGGCGCCGUGGACACGCUGGACGAGCUCGAGUACUCGGCCUUCUGCUGCCACGAAUGCAUCUUCUCCAAGGUGCGCGCGCGCGAGGACCUGCGCGUGUACCCGGUGCCCACGCUGCUCGCCAUGUGCAAGCCGGGCGACGUGCUCGAGCUGGUGGCGAGCGCUCAGGCGCCGCACUGGGCCGUGUUCGAAGGCGAGGACCAGGUGAUCCACCUGCACAAGGGCGAGAUCCGCAAGGACAGUCUGUUUGACGUGAGCGGCGGCCGCCGCGGGCGCAUCGCUAACGACCGCUACCGCUUCCGGCCGCUGCCGCCCGACCUGGUGGUGCGCAACGCGAGUGGCCAUCUGGGGCUAAACCGCGCCGACGUGUGCUGGACGAGCUCGGAGAGCUUCGCCGCGUGGUGCCGCUUCGGCAAGCGCGAGUUCAAGGCGGGCGGCGAGGCGCACUCAGCCGGCCAGCGCUACCUGCUCAAGGUGCACCUGUCUGAGAGCACGGUGCACACGCUCGUCUUCCGCAGCCUCGAGGAGCUCAUACGCGAGCGGAGGCGCGUGGACGCCAGCGGAAUUCUGGAGGAGCUCUCGCUGCUCGACGGCAAGCAGUGAGCGGAUUUGAGAGGUCGUGUUUUUUUUUGUUUUGUUUUGUUUUUUUGUUUUUUUGUUUUUAAUUAUUAAUAUUUUAUUAAAUCUUUUGGUUGAGAAAAGCAUCGCGGACACAGUCUCGGGACUGCGCACGCGCCUGCGGCAACGGCUGCUCGUACCCUUCUUGCAAGACUUUUGAGGAAUGUGCGCUUUUGAUUUUAAAGCCCAGGGUUUGCAAAGACAACGCCCUUUUUGGCUCGUGCCGUGUGAUCCGGUGCACUCCGAACACCACGGACCUUCAGCAGAAUAAAGCAGUGGCCACUGAUCACAGCGCAGCCUGGACGCUGGGAAGCUCAGCCGCGCCGCACAGGCGCUGGAACGGAUUGGGGCAGAUGGCGCGCGCUCCGGAUUCUUCCUCUCUUUUGUUUUAUUUUUAAAACUCCCAAAGCUUAAGCAUUAAAGACGAGUCGCGGAGAUCACGCGCCACUGCGUAACGACUGCAAUCCAAACACACGUCUGGCUUUUCUUUUAUGACAACACGCAAAAUGUACAUUAUUCUCAUUUCUUUUCUGGAGUCCAUAUUUUUGUAUUUUAGUUAGGCAACAGAGUCUUUGUUUUAUUGAAAUAAAACUUAGAUUGCUCUCUGAA